AUGUCAUCCCAAAACAUCAAACCUGGCCAUUUGGGCAACCUCACAGAGGAGCAGGAAGCCAAGCUCCUAGAAAUGUGGACAGUGUUGUUCAAGUUAUUUGGCAUUAAGCUUGAAGCAGGCCCACUGCAAAAGUCAGCCACGUCGACCAGCAAUGCACCAGAGAGUACAGCAGACGGAAAGAAAAAGUCAAAGCGCAGCUUCUUUGGGUUGGGUGGUAGCAAAAAGGAGGAGGCGCCUUCCACAGAGAGCUCUACUACCAGCAUACAAAACCUGUCAUUGUCAGAUACUGAUGACAAGUAUGGACAAAAUAAAGAAUUUAAACAGGCCAUUGCGGAUCUAACGCCUGACCAAUUGCGUGAAAGUCUCUGGACUAUGAUUAAGGCUGAUCACCCAGACGCUCUUCUGUUGAGAUUUCUGCGCGCUCGAAAGUGGGAUGUCGACCGCGCCGUUGUUAUGCUUAUUUCCACCAUCCGAUGGCGUCUCGUAGAAAUGCAUGUCGACGACGAUAUCAUGAGCGGAGGUGAAGCAAAGGCAAUAGAAAUGUCGAAGAGUUCUGAUCCUGACACCAAGAGAUUGGGUACCGAUUUCAUGGCACAGACGCGCAUGGUCCACAUGAUCGAGACUGCUCGAUUGAUGCUUCUUCGCCCGGUCGAGACUGCUGUGAUUGUAUUUGAUAUGAGUGGCUUCACCCUAGCCAACAUGGACUAUUCCCCCGUCAAAUUCAUCAUCAAGUGUUUCGAAGCCAACUACCCAGAGUCUCUCGGUGCCGUGCUCAUCCAUCAAGCACCAUGGCUAUUCUCAGGCAUUUGGAAGAUCAUCAAGGGCUGGCUCGACCCCGUUGUUGCAUCCAAAGUCCACUUCACCAAUUCCGUCGAAGAUCUAGAGGCCUUUAUCGACCGUAGCCGUAUCCUGAAAGAACUCGGCGGCGAUGAAGACGGCGGUUUUGAAUAUAUCGAAGUCCAACCGGGCGAGAACGAUCUGAUGAAAGACACUGUGAAACGUGACGAGAUCAUCGCCAAGAACAAGGCCAUUGCGGAAGAAAUACAGGGUGCCACUAAAUCAUGGAUUGAGGCCGCCAAGAAGAAUGACCGAGAAACUGUCAAGUCAUCGAAAGCCAAGCGAGAAGAACUUGCUGCAAAAUAUGCCCAAGGAUAUUGGGAACUUGACCCGUAUAUCCGUGCUCGAUCCUUAUACGACCGCAAUGGGGUAAUUCAGGGUGACGGAAAGAUCUUGUUCUAUCCCAAUAAGGAUGCAGAGAAAACGACAAAGGACAACAAUUCAUCUGGGCCCAGUGAAACUGCUACUCCUGCCCUAGAAGAAGAGAAAGUUGCAGAACCAACAGCACCGGAAACAAACGUAGCUGUUACUGCGUCCGCUAAUUGA